CGGUUGGCUGCUUGGUGGGCUCGCGGCCUCGCACCGCCUUUGCCUGGGCCGGGGCGGUCGGUUGGCGAGGCGUGCGCCGCGGGACGCGAGGACUCGGUGGUCGCCCGGAGGCUAUGGCGGCGGCUGCCGGCGGAGGAGGCGGCGGCGGCGUAGGAGGAACGCCGAGCUCGGUGGCUGUUGCUGCUGCCGCCGCCGCCGCUACGGCUGCUAAUGCGGGGGGCUGGCGGCUUCCCGGGCGGGUGCUCGAGUUCGUCUUCUCCUACCUGGAGCUGCGGGAGCUCCGGAGCUGCGCGCUGGUGUGCAAGCUGUGGUGCCGCGUCCUGCACGGCGACGAGAACAGCGAGGUGUGGCGGAGCCUGGCCGCUCGCAGCCUGGCGGAGGAGGCGCUGCGCACCGACAUCCUCUGCAACGUGCCCACCUACAAGGGCAAGGUACGCGCCUUUCAGCAUGCUUUCAGCACCAAUGAUUGUUCUAGGAAUGUCUACAUUAAGAAGAAUGGAUUUACUUUGCAUCGGAAUCCCAUUGCACAGAGUACAGAUGGAGCAAGGACCAAGAUUGGUUUCAGUGAAGGCCGUCAUGCUUGGGAAGUCUGGUGGGAAGGCCCUCUUGGCACAGUGGCAGUAAUUGGGAUCGCUACAAAACGAGCUCCCAUGCAGUGUCAGGGCUACGUGGCACUCCUGGGCAGUGAUGACCAGAGCUGGGGCUGGAAUUUGGUGGACAAUAACUUGUUACAUAAUGGAGAGGUCAAUGGCAGCUUCCCCCAGUGCAACAAUGCCCCCAAAUAUCAAAUAGGUGAGAGAAUUCGUGUCAUCCUGGACAUGGAAGACAAGACUUUGGCUUUUGAGCGAGGCUAUGAGUUUCUAGGAGUUGCAUUCCGAGGACUGCCAAAGACAUGUCUGUAUCCAGCAGUGUCUGCUGUCUAUGGAAACACUGAAGUGACGUUAGUUUAUCUGGGAAAACCUUUAGAUGGAUGACAUUUUGUUUUUAACUGGGACGUGAACAUCAAGUUGACAAUAUGGAGAAACUUGCAUGUGGGUUAAUAGGGAAGCAUGAGUGAAGUGUGUGGAUGCGUAUCCAAGAAACAUCAAGGAAAACCAAAAUUUGCGAUCCAAAAGGCCAGCUGUACAGAAGAGAGUUUUACCUUUCCUUUUUCUGCCGGACCAGAAAAAUUCUCAGGGGGUUGCAGUUGGUUGAAUGGGCAGCUAACCACAUGCAUGUUGCAUAAGAUUUCACCGCAAAGGUGGCAGAAUGGAAUCGUGUACAUACCGUACUUAAGGGACUCCUAUAUAGAAGUGGUUGAGGAAAGCUGACUGAGACCUGUAAGCAGUGUGUUCUGUGAAAAAGACUUCAUUUUUAAAAUUAUUUGUUUCCUUCCUGCCUUUGAUCCAGUGUGUUUUACCAAAGGUAACUGAAAUUGGUUGGAUUUUAUUUAAUGUAUUUUUAGUGUAAUGAGGAGUACAAUGUAUUGCACUUCUCCAGAGCAAAACAUUGUGCAGUUAUGUUAAAGCGUGUUUUAAAGACAGUUUGUACAGAACACUUUAAAAACCAGAACGAAACAAAGGGUUGCUGUUGCUUUCCCUAGGAUGUAAUUUUGUUAAUUGGAAACCUCCCUCCCCCUACAUAUCAGGUGUUGGUGUCUGUCCAGUUGAACAGCAUACAUACAAGUGCACUUCUUUUGUUGUACAACAUCUCAUGUGACAAAAGAAACUAUGAAUGUUUAUUGUAAAAUGCUUUAGAUUUGAUAGCUGAAAAUUCUGUGCAGGUGGAAGGAUAAAGUCAGUUUCUAAUGUGAGUGUUUUUGUUUUACUUAAAAUGUGAGUGUCUGUUGCAAAUGACCAUAUGUCUUUCAAUCCACCUUCUAAAGAAAGGCUUAAAAUUAAUCUUGCAAACUAUGAGCCGUCCACCAAAUACUGCUGCUCUUUACCCAUUUUAAUCAGAAUUGUAUUGUGGUUGUGGGGUGGCCAUGCUUGGUGGGUUGUUCCCAUUAUGGUCUGCAGUACCCCAACCCUUCAUUUUGGUCUAUUGCCAAACGUAUUGCUCUCUUCCCAGUAUAGAUAUUAGAUUGCAAGUAUUGCAUAUUUAACUAAAUAUUUUGAAAAAUAGGUUUCCAAAGUACUACCUAAAUACAUACUAUGUUAAAAUUGCAUUAAAAAUAUUUUAACAUAUUUCAAUCUUUAGCAUAAAUAAAUUGAACUUCAAACAGGAAUCAAAUUUCUGACACAAUUAUGGAGUCUGUCCUUUGGUUAUAUUAAUUGCUGAGAAACGUUUUACAAAGCUAAUUUGUUGUGCAUAAAGAAAGCACCUUCAGAUGAUGGAGCAACUGCAUUUCCCCAUUCUUUGGCAUCCAUAUCCUGCACAGCUUGUCAGUGCGUAGCGUGGGUUGUCAGCACCCUGGGCAAGGCAAGUAAUUUGCACCCCCUAACCCGUGGAUUUGCGCCCCCUAACCCUAACCCCCAGAUGUUGCACCCGGUGCGGCCGGCCCCCCCCCUGCACCCCCCACGCUACGCCACUGCAGCUUGUAUGUCUUAAUCGUCUAAGUCCACAGGCUGGUUCUUGGUACUAAAGUGCUAUUUUGUUCUGCCUUAGACAUCUAUUUAUUUGGUGUAGAGUGAGAAAACACUUUCAGUGCAGUCCUGGGCAUUUCUUCUUCUUCUCAGAAGCAAGCCCCACUAUGUUCAGUGGGAUGUACUCCUGGGUAAGUAUGUGUAGGAUUGUGGCCUUUGGGAGGAAAUGAGGUAUUGUUUACAUUCUUUACAUCAUAAUCAGAAUUAUGCUGUCUCGCAGACAUAUAGUUCCUUAGAUGUGCAAAAGAGAACAAUUCCCUUAGGCAUUCUUAUUUUUGUUAAAGCCAGGGAAAGCUGCUAAAACUACGUUUUUGUUUUUUUUAAUAGGCUGAAGAGUACAUUCUUGCUGCGUGCAAGGUUUAAAGUGGCAAUCCAGUAUCUUUGGUAGUGCCAUCGGUCCUCAAUACUUAAAAAUUGGUCAUGCUAUGACCUUCCCAGCAACCUAGCCUUCUUGCUGUAGGCUUAGCCAUCAUGUUACCUGUCCUACCAUCUUGACAUACUAAUGCAUCUUGUUUUACUAUUGUUUCCAAACCCCUCUGCUCCCUUGUAGAACUUGCACAAGGAAGUUAUGGUUGAUUAUUGGUUUGGGACUGCUAGUAUUCUUUGGUUGGUGGCACAGGACUGUAGUAAAUAGCACCACAGUAGGCAGAAAGAGGCUCUUUUAUGAGGCUGCUGAAAGUGUGAGGGAUAAAAUGUGGAUUCAAAAAAGAGGGCAGUGACUGUACUGGAGGAGUCUAUGUUGCAUGUUCUCAGCUGUUCAGGCUUUCCUAGAUCUUCACUUCACUUUCCUUCCAUGUUCAGAUUCCGCAGAACUGCAUUUGAGGUCUGCAUGUGUGAAUAAAUGUUUUUAAAAUAUUUGUUCUAUGUGUAGUAUGCCGCUUAACAAGUUCAUUCCUGGUCUCUUUCUAAAAUUAAGCAAGUGAAUCAUUUCAACACUGGUACUAUGAAGAAAUGAAUGAUUUUGGAAAGAUGUAUCACUUCCAGAAAACGUUGACUGUAUACUAUGCUAUAAAAUAUAUCACUACAAGAUUCUAUGGCAUGAGCUAAACUAAAAGGAAAGAAGCUUUCGUUAGAGUAAUAUAGUCUCCCUGUGCAGUCUCGGAUGGAUUACCCUCUGCACUUAUUUAUGGACUUUUGAGUAGAGAGAGCUGGUCCUAAGAACUGUGUCAGGGAAAUUUUUGCUAGGUUUUACUUCCAUUUAUACAGGAUGUCUUGCUCGCUUUACCCUUACAUGUGGCAUAGCAUUCUGCUUGUGCCAAGUGGUCAAAAAUUCCUUGGGGCACAGGGGACAAAUAUGUAUAUAAACCUCUUAUAACUUAUUACCUGAAGACCAAUUCCAAGCUGUACAAACAACUGAAAUAAAUUGUUAAAACAUAAAUAUA